AUGGACAAAGAAUGGACAAAAUCCGCUAGAGAGAGUGAAGAGUAUGAAAUUGGUCUUAAUUAUUUUCUAGACUACGCAUACACCAAAGGAAAACCCCGUGGAAAAGAGAUUUUGUGCCCUUGUGCUACAUGUUACAACAGCAGAUGGUUUACAAGUGCAGUACGAAAUCAUUUAAUAGCAUUUGGAUUUCAAAAAGGAUAUGAUGUUUGGGUUCGUCAUGGUGAGAAGAUACGGAAACUCAAUGAUAUUAAUGAUAAUCAUAUGAAUGAUGCAAAUGAUCAAGUUGACGAUAUUGAUGGACUGUUGUCUGAAAGAUUCAGAGGUGUCGCACAAGAAGAAUACAGAGUUAAUGAAGGCCCCAACGAAGAUGCAAAAAAGUUUUAUAAUCUAAUCGAAGAAUCCAAACAAGAGUUGUAUCCGGGUUGCAAAACAUUCUCUAAAUUGUCGUUCAUCAUUCGGCUAUAUUUAUUGAAGUGUCUUUAUGGUUGGAGCAAUACAUCAUUCAAUGCACUCUUAGAGUUGUUGAGAGAAGCUAUGCCUUUUUUGAACAUCCCUGAUACGUUCAAUAAAACUAAAAGCAUGAUAAAGGACUUGGGGAUGGAUUAUAAAAAGAUUGAUGCUUGCCCUAAUGAUUGCAUGAUCUAUUGGAAAGAUCAUGAGAAUGAUACUUCUUGCCAUGUUUGUGGUGCUCCACGAGAUCGUUUAGAUGAUGGAAAGUUGAGGCAUCCUGCAGAUGGAGAAGCAUGGAAAGAAUUUGAUAAAUUUCAUCCUGAAUUUGCUGUUGAGGUGCGUAAUAUAAGACUUGGAUUGGCGAGUGACGGAUUUAAUCCCUUUAGAACCAUGAAUGUUAAUUAUUCUACUUGGCCAGUGGUUUUAAUGCCAUAUAACUUUCCACCUUGGAUGUGCAUGAAGGCUGAGUAUUUUAUGUUGUCCUUAUUAAUUCCUGGACGAAAGUCACCAGGUAAUGACAUUGAUGUGUACCUCCAACCAUUGAUUGAAGAGUUGAAAUUGUUAUGGGAUUUGGGAGUAGAAACAUAUGAUGCUUCAAUAAAUAAAACUUUCCAAAUGAGGGCAGCUCUCUUGUGGACAAUUAGUGACUUUCCCGGGUAUGCUAUGUUGAGUGGGUGGAGUACAAAAGGGAGCCUAGCAUGUCCUUGCUGUAAUUAUAAAACUAAAUCGAUAUAUUUGAAGAAUAGCCAUAAAACAUGUUAUAUGGAUCAUCGUGUAUUUUUGCCCAUGGAUCAUAAAUAUAGAUCAAAUGCUAGGAGUUUCAAUGGGAAAAAAGAACAUAGGCCACCUCCAGAAUUGUUAAAUGGGGAACAAAUCUUGGAUAAAUUAAAGAACUUCAACAAUGCUUUUGGUAAGUUGCAAAAGAAUUGCAGUGAUGGUCCAUGGAAGAAAAAAUCAAUAUUUUUUGAGUUACCAUAUUGGAAGCACAAUACUUUACGCCAUAAUCUUGAUGUGAUGCACAUAGAGAAAAACAUAUUUGAUAGUAUAAUUGGGACUUUGUUGGAUAUCACGGGAAAGACAAAAGAUCAUGCAAAAGCACGUUUAGACUUACAAGAGAUGGGUAUUAGAAAUAAACUUCACCCAAAAGAGGUAGAUCACGGAAAGAAGCUAGUGUUUGCAAAAGCUUGCUUUUCCAUGAGUGCAAAUGAGAAAACUACUUUUUGUUUUGUAUUGAAAAAUGCAAAAAUACCAGAUGGGUGUGAUUCAAACAUUUCAAGGUGUGUUCUCCUUCCUGAAAGAAAACUUAGCGGAUAUAAGACUCAUGAUGCACAUUUCAUGAUGCAUUACUUACUUCAAGUAGCUGUGAGAUGUACAACGUCGAACCAGGUUGCACACCCGUUAAUUCGUCUUUGUUCGUUUUUUCGUUGUUUAUGUCAAAAGGUGAUUGAGGUUGAAGAUUUGGAUAUCUUGCAAUCUGAGAUUGCAGAAACACUUUGCCAGUUAGAAACAAUUUUCCCCCCGAGUUUUUUUGACAGUAUGGUUUAUUUGCCGAUACAUCUAGUGAAUGAGGUAAGAAUGGGAAGACCUGUUAAAUUUCGGUGGAUGUACUCUACUGAAAGAUAUCUAGGAAAAUUAAAGGGUUAUGUUCGGAAUAAAAGUCGUCCUGAGGGUUCUAUUGCUGAGGGUUAUGUUGUUAAUGAAUGCUUGACAUUGUGCUCGCGAUAUUUACAUAGUGGUGUUGAAACAAGGUUUAGUAGAAUGCCAAGGAAUAUCGAUAAGUGUCAUCCUGAUGAACUUGGAAGUCCAAUUUCUUUUUCUACAAUUGGUCAUCCUAUAGGAGGAAAGAAAAAAGGUGGAGCAAUUUCUUUGGAUUGCAAGUCAAGGAGUCAAGCUCAUCGUUACAUCUUAUUCAAUCAUGAUGAUGUCCAAAAAUUUAUACGUGAGCAUGAAAAUGAAAAUCCCAGAAAAAGAAAGGGGUGGAACAAAUCAAAGAGUAAAGGUUUGGAUUUUGUUGAAUGGUUUAAGAAGCGUGCUUUGUUAAGCGAUGUAUCUGACAUCCUUAGGAAGCUAUCCAGAGGACCAAAUAGAAUUGCACGAAGUUUUUCUGGCUAUGUAAUUAACGGAUAUAGGUUCCAUACGAAACAACGUGAUGCUAGACUUAAAACACAAAACAGCGGUGUGACAUUAGUGGCAAUAACGGAAAGUUUUGCUAGUACCAAAGAUGAAAAUCCAAUAACACAGUCAGUAAUUUACUAUGGAUUAAUUACUGAAAUAGUUGAGGUAGACUAUUAUGGUAGGUUGAAGUUUGUGUUAUUUAGAUGUGAUUGGUUUGAAGCUGAAGAGGAAAAGUUUGGGUUGACUUGUGUUUAUUUCAACAAGAGAUGUUACAUGGAUGACCCUUUUGUAUUGGCUUCUCAAGUCCACCAAUGUUUCUACGUUGAAGAUCCUUCAGAUGCAAAUAGACACUAUGUCGUGAAGUCUGUUCAAAGGGAGUUUUUAAACAUUGAAGAUCCUCCAGAGCAUACAGUAAAUCUAUCUUCAAGCACUGAAACUUGUGAAGUUGAAUUGGUUAGGAAUGACAUUCCACCAACAAUUACUGACAAACCUCCACCCGUGUCAGAUGAAAUAGAAUCUGAUGAUGACUAUAAUGCAUGA